AUGGCCGAAGUCGAACAAUUUGCGUUCCAAGCUGAAAUUACUCAACUUAUGUCUAUUAUUAUCAACACUUUUUACUCGAAUAAAGAAUAUGAAUCUCUUACUGAUCCUUCAAAACUUGAGGCUGUAAAUGAACUUUACAUUAGAAUCUUUUCCGAUAAAGAAAACAAAACUUUAUCUAUAAGAGACACUGGUAUUGGAAUGACAAAGUCAGAACUUGUUAGUAGUCUCGGUACAAUUGCUAAAUCAGGUACUAAGGCCUUUAUGGAAGCACUUCAAACUGGAGCUGAUAUAUCUAUGAUUGGUCAAUUUGGAGUCGGUUUUUAUUCUGCAUUCUUGGUUGCUGGCCGAGUUCAAGUAAUUACCAAACACAAUGACGAUGAGCAAUACAUUUGGGAAUCAGCUGCUGGUGGGUGUUUCUCCAUUGUACGUGACACUUUUAAUUCACCUCUCGAUCGUGGUACUGUGGUUAGAUUGUUUCUCAAGGACGAUCAACUUGAAUAUUUGGAUGAACAUAAAAUUAAAGAAGUUGUCAAGAAACAUUCUGAAUUUAUUGGACAUCCAAUUCAACUUGUUGUUGAAAAAGAAGUUGAAAAAGAGGUUGAAUUUAUAGAGAGAGAAGAAAAGAAAAAGAAUCGGAUCAAAGAGAUCGUUAAAGAAGUCGAAGAAAUAAACAGAAUCAAACCGAUUUGGACUCGUAAUCCUGAAGUUAUUACCAAUGAAGAAUAUGCUGCUUUCUACAAAUCCAUUACUAAUGAUUGGGAAGAUCAUUUGGCUUUUAAGCAUUUCUCCAUCGAAGGUCAACUUGAAUUUAAAGCGAUUCUUUUUAUUCCUAGACGUCCAACAUUUGAUCUUUUCGAAAACAAAAGAACAAGAAAUAAUAUCAAACUUUAUGUGAGACGUGUAUUCAUCACUGAUAAUUGCGAAGAUUUGAUGCCUGAAUAUCUUAACUUUGUCAAGGGCAUAGUAGAUUCUGAAGAUCUACCACUUAACAUCUCUCGUGAAAUGCUUCAAAAAAACAAGAUAAUUAAGGCCAUCAAUAGGAAUCUUGUCAAAAAAAGCUUGGGAUUAAUUAAUGAGAUUGCGGAAAAUAAAGAAAAUUUUGCCAAAUUUUAUGAUUCUUUUUCCAAGAAUAUCAAACUCGGUAUUCAUGAUGAUCCACAGAAUCAAGCCAAACUAGCAGAGUUUCUUUGUUACUAUUCAACCAAAUUUUCUGACGAAAUGACAUCAUUGAAGGACUAUGUUACAAGAAUGCCAAAUAAACAAAAGGUCAUUUAUUAUAUCACUGGUGAAAAUCGUCAGGCAGUCGAAAAAUCGCCAUUUGUUGAAGUUCUUAAGAAUAAAGGUUAUGAAGUGUUGCUAAUGACAGAUCCGAUCGAUGAAUAUUGUAUGCUGCAACUCAAAGAGUAUGAUGGUAAAAAACUUGUCUGUGUCACUAAGGAAGGAUUAGAAUUUGACGAAGACGAGGUGGAAAAGAAUAAGCAUGAAGAAUUGGCUAAACGGUUUGAAAAUGUGUGUAAACAAAUCAAAAAGAUUCUUGGUGACAAAGUUGAAAAGUCACCUUGUGUACUUGUGACAGGGCAGUAUGGGUGGACAGCUAAUUUUGAAAGAGUUAUAAAAGCUCAAACACUUAGAAAUCCAAAUAUCUCGUCAUUUAUCGUAUCAAAGAAAAUAAUGGAAAUUAAUCCACAUCAUCCAAUCAUCAAAACACUCAAAAACAAUUUUGAAGUAGAUAAUAAUAAUGAAAAGUUAGUCAAAGAUCUUACAUGGCUUUUAUUUGAGACAUCACUUCUACAAUCAGGCUUUAGUUUGGAAGAACCAUCAUUGUUUGCUAAUAGAAUUUAUGAAAUGAUUAAACUUGGACUUGAUAUUGUUGGUGGUAGUGGUAAUGAGGGUGACGAGUCCAUGGAAAUCGAAGAGUCGCCUGAUGCGAAUGUGAUUGAAGAGGUUUCAAGGAUGGAAGAAAAAUUAUGGGAAUUAGGUAAAUUGAAUCAUGUUGCAAUUGCAGUUCCAAACCUAGAAAAGGCUAUAGAUUUUUAUAAAAAUAUUUUAAGGGCAAAAGAAGUUAGCGAAGCUGUGGAACAACCAGAGCAUGGUGUUUACACAGUAUUUGUGAGUUUAGGAAAUACAAAAAUUGAAUUAUUACAUCCUUAUGGUGAUAAAUCACCAAUUCAAAAUUUUUUAGAAAAAAAUAAAAAUGGUGGAAUUCACCAUGUUUGUAUUGAGGUUAACAAUGUCACAGAAGCAGUUAAAGAAUUGACAGAAAAAGGUGUAAGAGCAUUAGAUCCUGAACCAAAGAUCGGUGCGCAUGGGAAUCCGGUUAUAUUCCUACACCCAAAAGAUUGUGGUGGUGUUUUAGUUGAAUUGGAAGAAGAAGAAGAAUUACAUGCAACAGCUGAAACAAAUCAAAAUCAGUUAACAUUUGAUGAAUUGAUUGAUAUAGAUGGCAAAGAACUUUGUUGGAAAUUGAGGUUUCUGUUCCCAUUCCUAGCUGCUGAAAUUAUUGAACAUGAUAAUACAGAAUUUGAUCAUAGAAAUUGCAACGUUGAGUAG